AUGAGAGUCUUUGUGCCAUUGCAGAGAUGUAACAAGACGAGUCACGUUCAGCUUGUUAUUCAAGAUUUUACUGGGAACCUUACCAACUCGUACAUAGCCUCGUACAUUGUCAGUGUGUACACAAUAGCGAAUCAUUCCACUGCGCCAUUUACACCGACAUCUCAGGUCAACAACACAGAACCAUCAUCUCAGGCCAACGACACAGAACCAUCAUCUCAGGCUAACCACACAGCACCGUCAUCUCAGGCCAACCACACAGAACCACCAUUUCAGUCCAACCACACUGAGCCAACAACUCAGCCCAACCACACAAAACCACCAUCUCAGGUCAACCACAUAGAACCACCAUCCCUGAUCAACCACACAGAGGCACCAGAUUUGGAUGGAGCUAAAAUUGGAGAUAGACCAUCGCUGCCAGUGACGUCAGCUACGACAAAUGUAGGCCUGUCAAAAACAUCAAUUUUUGUGAUACCAUCUUCAACAUUAGCAGUUACAAAUACAACCGCCAAUGCCAAUGGAGUCGAAUCAAGUUCUGGGCUAAUCAUCGGCCUUGGAGUUGGACUUGGGUCAGCCCUUCUCCUGGCUGCAAUAUUUGCAUCCGUUAUAUUCAUUCAGAGGCAUCAACAUUUAAAACAUCCCGGGAAUGGCACUUAUUAUAAUGGGGACCCCAAUCCAAACGGCGCAAUUGGCCUGGAAAGUACUUCUGUUGACGCCACAAACACCACGUCUUUGCAAGGGCACAUGCCUAGUGGCUACCUUAAUUUGCACACUGGUAGUGACACAACAGCUGUGUUACGUAUUGGUCUAGGAUCAGCUUCUAGAUCUGAUGAAGCUGAAACUGCCUUUUACGACAGCGUCAUCGAAAGUACACCACAACAGCGCAAUGUGACAAUCGGCCGGAACAACGAUGCUAAUAACCGGAGUCGGGCAACAUCGGAUAGCCUUCUACUGAGUGUCAAUCCAAGUUUUGGAGCUGUAGAGAGACCGGAAGUGCCACAGGCUGACCUAGGCACAGGGUCUGGCACUGACGUCCUUACACGUGGCAGACUACCCUCGUACAUAAACCUCAACGACGGAACUGGCAUCUACAGCCAUGCCAAUACACCCGACAUGUCGGAGGGAAACCUCUAUACGACCCUAAAAUAGGAGUUCGAUGUACACACCCUUGAAAUGUGUAGUUUUAAUAACAUCGUGAUUUUGAGAUAAAGUGAGCUUAUACAAAAGCCAAUAAACACGGGAGAUAUGUUCACAUCCAGUCCGGUGAGGUAGAAAAUUGCACCCAGAAUGUUCUGUUUAGAUUAGUCUUCAAGAUGUUAGAUCAGUUUCUAGAUUGAUCAAUUCGUCUCGUUUGUAUCGGUUGAGGACAAUUAGGACUAAAUAAAUACAAAAACUUCCUUUUACUUCACUGGUGUAGAAUUAUUGAACACAAUGUGUUGUCAUCAAAUUACCAUACAAUGUCAUUAUAAUAGCAGUGUA